AUGGCGUCGAAGCGGAUCCUCAAGGAGCUCAAGGACCUGCAGAAGGAUCCGCCCACCUCAUGCAGCGCAGGCCCUGUUGCCGAAGAUAUGUUCCACUGGCAAGCGACGAUUAUGGGUCCAUCAGAUAGCCCAUAUGCUGGUGGCGUGUUUUUGGUCACUAUUCACUUCCCACCGGACUACCCAUUCAAACCACCGAAGGUUACAUUCAAGACGAAGGUUUUCCAUCCGAAUAUCAACAGCAAUGGGAGCAUCUGUCUUGAUAUCUUGAAGGAACAAUGGAGCCCUGCUUUGACAGUUUCUAAGGUCCUCCUCUCAAUUUGUUCCCUUCUAACGGACCCAAACCCUGAUGAUCCAUUGGUCCCAGAGAUUGCUCACAUGUACAAGACUGACCGCGCGAAGUACGAAUCUACUGCUAGGAGCUGGACUCAGAAAUAUGCAAUGGGCUGA